CCCACACCUCAAUCCCUGUAACCGUGUUCCUGACUUGAGUGAGAGAAGCCUAGCCUUACGCAGACACGACACACCCUCAAACAAGUUCUCAUAGGUUGAAUUGAAAAUCUCAUUCAAUGUUUUACUUUUAUUACUUCAGCUCAGACAAAAAAAGAAACAACGCGUUGAAUUGGCAUCGAGAAGAGAAGAACAACUACUACUAUUAAACAACAACAAAUAAAAAAUAUUUGGUAUUUGAAAUUCUAGGGAGAGGACCUUUUAGUUCUGCUUCUCGUAGUGGUGUUUUAGGUGCUGUGCGCCAUACUCACUGUGUCAUCAUCAAAAAAUCUGACAACAACAGAAUCUUCAUAGAUUGUGGGGAACAAAAAAGCUACCAUAAACCAUAGUGUUGAAAUUGAAGAAUAUUUUUGAGUUUUUCUUUCCAUGUGUGAUGUAGUACUGAUGUGGUGAUUGCUGAUCUGGGUGUUGCUCAAAAUCAAAAUCACUUUUUGUGAUGUGGGUUUUGUGAUUUCGUGUGGUGUGACUUGAGACAUUGGUUUGGUUUGGUUUUGGUGGUUAAAGUUUGGUGAGUCUUCUUCGUCGCAAAGUUUUCAUCUUUACUUGGAGUCUAAGAAUUUUGGUUGCUAUUAUGGUGUCUAAAGUUUAGAGCUUUGGUUUGUUUGAGUUGAGUUUCCCGUGACAUGUCGGCAGUGUCGCCGUCGCCGUCGACUUCCACGGCUGCGCCACCGCCACAAACAUCACCUUCUGCCAACACCACUAGUCCUCCACCGUCCACCGUCACCACUCCACCGCCGCAACAAACCCCUUCUUCCACUUCCUCGCCGCAACAACCAGCUUCUCCGCCACCAACAACCCCUUCUCCUGCGAAUCCGCCGCCUUCACCGCCGUCACCACCACCUAGUUCUCCGCCUCCCUCCAUGUCUGGAACCCCACCUCCAUUAGUACCUCCACCAUCCCCACCACCAUCACCACCAUCUUCACCGCCGCCAUCUUCUCCGGCAGCGCCGCCACCGGUGCCACCUAGCUCUCCACCGCCACCAUCACCAUCAGCACCUGUUCCACCAAACCCUCCUAACAACACAUCUCCACCACCAUCACAACCACCACAGUCACCAGCUCCACCACCACAACCACCAGCUCCACCACCACAACCACCAGCUCCACCACCACAACCACCAGCUCCACCACCUAACAACACUUCACCAUCACCACCACGAAAUUCGCCACCCUCUCCGGCCGCCACGCCACCACGGGCCUCCCCACCGCAAAAUUCACCAUCCCCUCCGGCUGUGCCGCCUCCUAGAAACUCCACUAGGUCACCGCCGUCGGCUAAUUCACCGCCACCGCCGGUGAAUGCACCGCCUCCGAGGUCAUCGGCUCCACCAGCACCCGAACCAUCCACUCCUCCUUCUAGGACUAGUACUCCUCCCACACCAAGUUCUCAACCAGCUCCAACUUCAAAUUCUACACCAAGGUCAUCACCUCCAUCACCACCUUCAACUACUAAUUUGGCCCCGCCACCGCCAUCGCGAGUUUUAUCAUCACCACUACCAUCACCGGCUCAGAAUGGGACAAAAAACCCAAGCCCUGAUGGAGGUGGAGAUGGAAUUGGCACCGGUGGUGUAGUGGCUAUUAGUGUGGUGGCUGGAUUUCUUCUUCUUGGCUUCAUUGGUGUUCUUAUAUGGUGCAUGAGAAGGCAAAAGAGAAAGCUGCCUGUGAGUGGUGGUUAUGUCAUGCCAUCCACUCUUGCCUCAUCUCCUGAAUCAGAUUCAUCCUUUUUUAAGACACACUCCUCAGCUCCUCUUGUACAAAGUGGCUCUGGCAGUGAUGUUGUGUACACACCAUCUGACCCUGGUGGACUAGGCAACUCAAGGUCAUGGUUUUCAUAUGAAGAACUAAUCAAGGUCACAAAUGGUUUCUCAACUCAAAAUCUUUUGGGCGAGGGUGGAUUUGGUUGUGUGUAUAAAGGGUGCCUUCCUGAUGGGAGAGACAUAGCAGUCAAACAGCUGAAGAUUGGUGGAGGUCAGGGAGAGAGAGAGUUCAAGGCCGAAGUGGAAAUUAUUGGUCGCAUACAUCAUCGCCAUUUGGUUUCUCUGGUGGGAUACUGCAUUGAAGACAGCAGAAGACUACUUGUCUAUGACUAUGUCCCUAACAAUAACCUUUAUUUUCAUCUACAUGGGGAAGGCCAGCCUGUGCUAGAAUGGGCAAACCGUGUUAAAAUUGCAGCUGGUGCAGCCCGAGGACUAGCUUAUCUCCAUGAAGACUGCAACCCUAGGAUCAUUCACAGGGAUAUCAAGUCAUCAAACAUUCUCUUAGAUUUCAAUUUUGAAGCCAAGGUCUCAGAUUUUGGGCUGGCCAAAUUAGCUCUUGAUGCAAAUACGCAUAUAACCACCCGUGUCAUGGGAACUUUUGGGUAUAUGGCCCCUGAAUAUGCGUCAAGUGGCAAAUUGACUGAGAAGUCCGAUGUAUAUUCUUUUGGAGUUGUGCUUUUGGAACUAAUUACUGGACGGAAGCCAGUAGAUGCAUCUCAACCUUUGGGAGAUGAGAGCUUAGUUGAAUGGGCUCGACCUUUACUGAGUCAUGCACUCGACACUGAGGAAUUCGAUAGUUUGGCAGAUCCAAGGCUAGAAAAGAAUUAUGUUGAGAGUGAAUUGUAUUGCAUGAUUGAAGUUGCUGCUGCUUGUGUGCGGCAUUCAGCUGCAAAGAGACCUCGCAUGGGACAGGUUGUUAGAGCUUUCGAUAGCUUAGGAGGUUCUGAUCUAACUAAUGGAAUGAGACUUGGGGAAAGCCAGGUGUUUGACUCUGCACAGCAAUCUGAAGAAAUAAGAUUAUUUCGGAGGAUGGCAUUUGGUAGUCAAAAUUAUAGCACAGAUUUCUUUAGCCGUGCUAGUUUGAAUCCAUGAAAGGCCACUGUACAUAUUGGAAGAGCUUGUUUUGGACCAAAGAACUUGUGAAGCUAAGCCAAGGAGAGGCCCUGGUUGAGUUUUGUUGGUUGCAGAUAUGGCUAAGGUGCACUGUUGGUUUUGAUUUUGGAAUUUGACUGCAUCAGGUUCAGAUCCUCAUUCUUGUGCCGGAAUUUCAUUAUUCUUUUCAUUAGCUGGUUUUUUGGCAGCAAUUUUGCUUUUGUAAUUAGAAUUUGUAAAGUUAAUUUUUACACUCACGAUGACAAAGAUUAACAUAUUAGUUGAUUUGUUAUGUAAUGAUAGAAUAGGAUGUGUGACUCCUUUUUUCAUGUCUUCCACAUUUUCUUAUGAAUUUCUAAUGAGAGAGCGAGAGCAAGCAAGAAGCUAUAUGAUUUUUCA